UUAAAAAAAAUCUGUCAACAUAUCUAGGCAAAAAAUAAGUAUUCAACAGGAAAAUAUCAAAAUAGCACCAUCAAAAUCGAUUUCUGAAAUGGAGUUGUUUUUCAUCUGAAGAAAAGAACAUAGAGAAAGAGAGAGGAAGUCGAUACAACAAUCUCGAGUCAACAUUCUAUAGCAAGAGAUGCAGAGGCAGCUCAAUUGCUGUUAGUUGGCUCAACCCCAAAUUACAGAAACACUCUUUUUGAUCAAUUGAUCCAAGAUCAAAGAGACAACUCCUUUUCAAAAGUUUUGGGGCAAAAUUAUGGGAAACCAUCUAAAGACAGUUAUGACGUCUGAACUCAUGGCUAUAGAAAACGAGCCACAGCCAAUUAAUGCUGGUCUUCCAAGAAAGCCUCGAAUUUUACUGGCUGCUAGUGGAAGCGUUGCAGCCAUGAAGUUUGCUAACCUGUGCCGUACAUUUGCAGAAUGGGCAGAAAUAAAAGCUGUGGCAACAAAAGCAUCUUUACACUUCAUUGAUAAAGCUUCACUUCCCAAUGGUUUAGUGUUGUACACUGAUGAAGAUGAAUGGUCCAGUUGGAAACAAAUUGGAGAUAGUGUUCUCCACAUUGAGCUCCGUCGUUGGGCUGAUAUCAUGGUUAUUGCCCCUUUAUCAGCAAAUACACUAGCCAAGAUUGCUGGGGGACUAUGCGACAACUUACUGACUUGCGUUGUGCGGGCAUGGGACUACAAGAAGCCCAUUUUUAUUGCACCAGCCAUGAACACAUUGAUGUGGACCAACACUUUUACAGAACGACAUCUCAUGGCGCUUGACGAGCUUGGAAUUACUCUCAUUCGUCCUGUCAGUAAGAGAUUAGCAUGUGGGGAUCAUGGAAACGGAGCAAUGGCUGAACCGUCUUUAAUAUACUCGACUGUUAGACUCUUUGCAGAGUCACGGAAUCAACCUGGUAGCAGGGAGCCACUGCCGGUUACUGGUCCAAGAAGGUCUCGGGUUUUACUGGCUGCGAGUGGAAGUGUUGCAGCCAUGCAGUUUGGUGCUCUAUGCCAUUACUUUGUAGAAUGGGCAGAUGUAGCAGCAGUGGUUACAGCAGCGGCUUUACGCUUCAUUGAUAAAGAUUCACUUCCCAUGAAUAUGGUGCUAUACACUGAUCAGUAUGAACAGACCAUGUGGAAAAAAUUGGGCGAUAGCGUUCUCCACAUUGAGCUUAGUCGGUGGGCUGAUGUCCUGGUCAUUGCCCCAGCAUCAGCAAAUACACUAGGCAAGAUUUCUAUGGGACUAUGUGACAACCUACUGACUUGCAUUGUGCGGGCAUGGGACUACAAGAAAGGACUUUUUGUUGCACCAGCCAUGGACACCUUGAUGUGGACGAAUUCUUUCAUGGAAAAACAUUUAACCGAUGUUGACGACCUUGGAAUAGUUCUUAUUCCUCCUGACACAGAGAGGUCAGUAUGUGGUGAACGUGGAAAGGGAGCAAUGGCCGAGCCUUCUGAUAUCGACACCGCUAUUAGAGUCUUUUUGGAGCCACCGAGUUCUGAUUCGGGUAGCAGUAAUGGGAUGGAAGAACAAUCGUGAGCUUUUUCAUUGGAAGGAACUAACACCAGAGUUUAAAUUUGUGCAUACAGCAUUCAUUUCAUAAUUGCUUUUGAGGGCUAAAGCCUUUGAUAUAUUGGAUUUGGGUGUAUAUGGGUUCUGAUGAUUAGGCUAAUUAUACGUCUAGAAGUAGUUUAGGAUUACCUGUUUUGACUGUGUACAUAUGCAACAUUCAGAAUUGUUUGGUGCAUACAUGGGGACUUGCUUUAGGUAUGUUGACAAGGCUAACUGUACGUCUAGUUGUAGUUUUAGGAUUACAAUUUUUGUGACCUUAUUCUUUCAAUAAUUCAAUAUAAAUUGCUUCUUUCAA